AUGGGCAUAUAUACAGAAUAUGGAUAUAAUAUUGUGGAGGAGGAGCUGUGGGAGGAGGAGUUUAUUGAGCGGUGCGUUCAGGAGCUGCUGGAGGAGGAGGAGCAGUGGGAGUGGUUCAUCCCGUCCAGAGACCUCCCCCCUCAGACCGGCGCUCAGCUGCAGGACCAGAUCAGUGUGCUGGUUCUGGACGCCGACGCCGACUUCGACCUCGUGGUGAACAGCAGUCUGAACCCCAACGCCAAGGAGUUCAUCCCGGGGAUCCAGAAACACGUCAUGUGACCCGGCCCGGUCCCAACCCCCCCCCAACCCCAGUCCACACUGUGACA